AAAAAAAAAAAAAAAACCCGCCGCCCUUAAAAGAGGAAAAGAAAUUCAUAUCUAGACAGCUUUUCCUGACCUUAAUUUUUGGAAUUUUAAAAUUCUUUUUCCCGUGGAAAAAGUGAAAUGUUCAACACAGUCAGAAGACAUCUUGCAACUAAAUAAUGUGGUUAUUACGUACUGGCAACACUGUCAGUCAGUCAUCACAUAAUUAUCUAAGUCAACAUUUCAAUUUAAAGAUAACCAUUAAUUCAAUCAUCGUCCUUAAUUUAAUUAGAACCCGAAAUGACCUUAAUCUUUUUUAAGGAAAAAAAGAAGAAGUUAUUUUUAGGAGGAAGUAUUCAUCUGUUCAUAUCCAUUGCUGUGAGCUAGUGAUGCUCAAUCUAUAAAUAGGGUUAUCCCUUGAACCAUAUAAUGCACCCCAAUAGUAAAGCAGCUCUUUAAUAACUAUAACUGCGUAGUAUAAGCCUUUGAGCUCCCUCUCUUUUUAAGUUUUUAGUCGACACAGCUUAAUUAACAAUGGUGGCAUCAACGUUUGAGUACGAGGUAACAUCCACAAUCCCACCAGAAAGGUUGAUAAAGGCUCUGAGCUUCGACAAGAGUUAUGUUCCAAAGGUUUUCCCGCAGGGGGUUAGGAGUAUUGAUCUCCUUGAAGGUGAUGGUGGCGUUGGCAGCAUUUUCUUGAUCACUUAUGCCGAAGGGAGCCACGUAUUGAAGAGUGCUAAGCACAGGAUUGACAAAGUUGACAAAGAAAACUUGAUUUACAGCCAUACCAUAUUGGAAGUGGAACUUGCAAGCGGCCCAGCAGAUGAUGGAGUUGAAUCGGUAUCGGAUGUAAUUGCUCUGAGCCCUUCUGGUGAUGGAGGAUCAGUUGUUAAAGCCAGCUGCACUUACAACACCAAGGGCGAUGUUGGGGUGUCUGAGGAACAAGUUAGGGGCAAAGAAAGGAUUGAGUUCAUGGUCAAGAAUGUCCAGGAAUUCUUGAUGGCUAAUCCAGAUGCCUACGUAAUUAACUAAUACAUACAUAUAAUGUUGGCAAAUCAAGUGGAUCCAUCCAAAGUAUACCUUAUACCCUUUGAUUUUUGUUUCAAUUGUUUUUUCUUCUGUAAUCAUCCUGUUUGGUCAAUAAAUUAUGUAAGCCUAAUGCCUGUGCUUCUUCUACUUGGCUUGUACCGUUGUACGUGUGAUCUCUCCUUUUAGGAGAAAAUAAAGAAAGAAGAAGAAAGGAGAUAAUUAAGAGAGAAAAUGGAGUGGUUUUGUUGUACAAUUUUUAUAUAUGUUGUGAGUGUGACCAAAUAACUUUUGGGGCUUGUAAAUCUCUAAAGUGUUCUAAAUCUCCCUUUUUAUGAAUUUAUUACUCUGUUCUGUUA